ACAAACACUACAGUGUUUAUUGUUGCGUUUAGUGCUUAUUGUUGCGUUUUCUAUGUGGAUGAAUGAUUAUUUUUAAAGUGAGUGACAUCUCCAUUGUUUCCUUAUGUUAUUUGAGAAGCACUGGCAGUAUAUUGGUAAGGUUAAGAAUUAAUUCCACAGCUUUAUUUUGAAUUUUUCAUUUUCAAUGCUGUUAUAAAUUCAUAAAUGCUGGCAAGGUGGGGGCGUGUUUUACAUUUGAAAGGAUUUCAGAGUAUGCCAUGACAACGUGCCCUUCACAUCAAAUGAAGAGAUUAAUUCAGUGGUACCGUACAAAUGUUGCCCAGUAAUUUAUUCUCAGGAACUCCCUACAAAUUAAAAAUGACAAAUUAAUUUUUUACAUUACAACAUGACACAUAAAAUAUAGGCCUAACACUAUGAGACAACAACAAUUGCACAAUAUUCUCACAAUAUUCUUACGACCAAAAAGGCUUUUAUAACAUUUGACUGUCUCUCUCUUUUAUGUUUUAUAACAUUUCUCUCUCUCUCUCUCUCUAGUAAUUUAUUGACACUUUACCAGCAGUACCUGUUAAAUGGAACCAGUUCUACAAUAUAGUAUUCAGUUAAAUGUAAUAUAGUAUUGACAACGAUCAAUUGUAUGUGCAUUUACUGACCACGCGAUGGCGGUCUGUCUCUUUUUAUAUUAUACAACGUCCCGUAAAGUGAGUUGCCACAAGAACCCGAAUGACUUCACAAAUCAGAGUUUGUUUGCAUGCACCAGCUUGUUAUGAUGUUGAAACGAGUUCUGAACUGACGCAUGGUAUGCGAUUGACGUCGCACAGUCUGCUCUUAGUCUGUACCUACUUUGUUUUAGGUCGGACAUCACUUUUUGUUAUUGCUGCACAUUUUAACUCCGUUUACAACUGUUUUUAAUCACUCGACGAAUUAGAAAAGCGCAACUUGAAUUUCACUACUGGAUUUUGCAGAUACGGUCGAAACGUGUACUGUAACUCAGAGGAAACGUUAAAGCCGCAAAGGAUGUAGAUGAUCGAUCCUGGACGACAGGGCAAAAACAUUUGAAAACUCUCCAGGCAGUAAGAGGACAGAGGUUGAUACUGUGACUGUCCUCCAUUCUACAUUAAUCUCAGUGGGUCGCGCUUUAAGCUGAUUUAUGGUCCGCUACCCACGCGCAGCAGAAAGUAUAUCCAAGUGGCCUCGCGCGCAGUUCAAAGUGCGCUCGGAUGCGCGUAAUUCUAUUACAGAUACAGACUAUUAUAAGCUUCGGACCUGCGCGUGGAUACUGGAUGUAGAAAAACAGCUGGACGCCAGGUCAUCCUGUUUUCCUGUGCGCUGGACAAAUCUCAAUAAAUGGGGGAGUUUUCUGCCAGUCUAAUAUAGCAUCAGGUUUUUUUGCAAUCGCUACAUUUUAAACCAGAUCACGAUGUUUUUGAAGUUUGUGCUAACACUGAUGGCUCUUUUGAAAUCAGGUGUUCACGGUCAAAUGGUUCAGAUGGACAGCAGUAAGUCCGGAUUUGUGGGUUCACAGGUGGAGCUCCGCUGUCAGUUUGUCAACAGUAACCCACCUGUAAAGAUCUCCCAGGUCACCUGGCAAAAAGUUGUUAAUGGCACCAAGCAGAACGUGGCCAUCGCCAAUCCCGCCCUGGGAGUGUCAGUGCUGCAGCCCUUCAAAGAGAGGGUGCGCUUCAAGAACCCUGCCGUCCGUCAGCGCACCCCUUCCCUGGAGGACACCACUGUCAUCUUUAACAAACUAAGACUGUCUGAUGAAUCUGCUUAUAUCUGCGAGUACACCACUUUUCCAGCUGGAAACAGGGAGAACAUGGUCAAUCUCACUGUUUAUGCUCGGCCAAUGAUCCAGAUGAGUCUGUCUACACCCUCUAUAGUGGCGGGAUCCAAAGAUCUGAAGAUGACUGUUGCCACAUGCGUCUCAGCCAAUGGAAAGCCACCCAGUGUGAUCACAUGGGAAACCAGUUUAGAUGGCGAAUCAAAAACCCAGGAGAUACGCAACCCAGAUGGCACGGUCACAGUUCGCAGUGAUUACUUGGUGGUUCCCAGUCGAGAUAUACACCAGCAGGUGCUCACCUGUGUCUCCACGUACAAUGAAGAGCCAUACACAGACAGCGUAACGCUCAACAUUCAGUAUGAACCAGAGGUGAUAAUAGAGGGCUUUGAUGGGAAUUGGUAUUUGAACAGAGAGAAUGUUCAGCUCACCUGUCUGGCUGACGCCAACCCUCCCAUCUCUUUGUUUCAGUGGAGAUACUUGAACGGCUCUCUGCCAAGUUCGGCAGAACUCCGUGAUGACGUGCUGAUCUUUAAAGGCCCUGUAACCUAUGACAUUGCAGGCACGUAUGUCUGUGAUGCCACGAACAGUAUCGGGACAGGCUCAGCAUCCGUUGAGGUCACUGUCACGGAAUUCUCUAGCUCCCCACAUGAGAUGUCUCAGAAGCAACAGCAAGCAGGGAUCGUCAUUGGCGGUGCUGUUGUGUGCGGCACAGUCCUGUUGGCGGCCAUCACGCUCCUGAUAGUGUUUUUAUAUCGUCGGAGAUGCAUGUUUAAAGGAGAUUACAGUACCAAGAAGCAAAUCCUUGGCAAUGGCUACAGCAAAGCUGGAAGCUUACAGCCGCACGCCUCCCUGCCUCACAGUCUGACGUUCUCUGAAGAUUCAGAUGAAGAGAAGAAGCUGGGCCUUUACAGAGGCUCCAGUAUCUUAGGAGGAAGCGCUCACGAGUUCCACAACUACCGUGAUAGCAGAAUGAAGACUUUCCACACGGGAUUGAGUCAAGACAAUGUGACAUGCGGAUGCAAUGAGCAGACUUAUGUAUAUGAGUAUGGAUCUGAAGUGGAGGUUUCAGUGGACAUGGUUCCUCAGAUGGAUGGUUCGGUCAUCUCCAAAGAAGAGUGGUAUGUGUAGAAUUUGAAAACUUUGAGAUUCACUGCAGGGUCCUUGUCAUUUAUCUUCGUCUUAGCCCUCUUUCUUGUCAUCUCCUUCCUUUUGAAGCAGAUGUGGGAUCAUGUGAAAUUGACUUUGGGUUAGAUUUAUGCACCACAUGUGUGAAUUGCCGACAUGAAAAUCAAAACAGUAUGUUUAGGGACUGGCUAAUGUUUGGCCAUGUCAUUGAGUUUGCAUGAUGGGAUUCUGUCCCUUUAAGAUGGAUGCCAAGUUUUAAAGAGAGAGCAUGUCUUGAUGCACCUUUGUAUUAAAAAAAGCAGGUUCAUCUCUGUACUCUGUAAUAAUAAAGGACCUUUAAAACUGUACUAUAACCUCUAAACUGUGAAAGUCUUGUGGACACAAUUUCGUGCAUGAUUCAUGAAAAUAUUGCCUUUAUUUGUUGUUUUGUGUUGUUGGUGUUUGUGUUCUUGAAACAUAAUAGUGACUUGCUGCUUUAAUUUUGUAUCUUAUUCAACAGAUUUUCCACAAUUAACUAUAUUUCACGACAAUGGAUAGUCAAAUACUAAAACUAUGCGGUUAUGAUGAUAUGUAAGUUAUCAACAGAUGUAUUUAAACAAUCGUACCACUGAGUUCUCAGUGAUUUACUGAAUGCAUCAGUGGCUGCAUUCUAAAAUAUGAUUGCUUGCAUAGUUUGAUGUUAUUUAAAGUUAUUUAAGAUAACAUUAAAUACAGUACAUUACACUGUAUAAAUGCUUUAAAAUGCUUAGUGUAAAAUGAUGUUAGUCAUGAUGUGCUGUAAAUUAUUUAGAAUGUAUAGUUGACAAAUAAAUGUGUAAAUGUCUCCUACAGUAUGGUGUGACAGCAAAACUUUAGAAUAAAUAAACUAGCAUAAGAGAGAUUUAUCUUCAUCCGUUGUUUUAUAUUAUAAAAACUGAUAUUGAUAAUAUAAAUGUAUAUAUUAUUAACAGUUUGUUUUUCUAAAUUGUUGCUAUUUCACACCAUAGGACACAUGUAUGGUAUAUCAUUGUAGUUGAAAGGGCUUGUGUUUAUUGGGUAUGUAUAGGAGUUAGGGGUGUCACAAUAUACUGCUGUUUACAAUAACUGUGACAUUAGUAAUUAUUGAUAUCAUGUUAAUACUAAAUGUGUUUAUAUUGUAUGUAAUUCAGUGCCAGUUUCUGGUUGUCAAGGAUAUAAUCGUUUUUUAAAACAAAAACUAUCAAAACAUUACUGUUAAUUGAAAUAAAAAUUAACAUGAACUUUAAAAUAAUAAUAAAACUAAAGAAAAACUAUAAUAACUACUCCAACCAGUAGGUGGUGGUUAAAAGCCGGUUAACAUUUUGCCUUGAAAGCCAUUCAUAUCUUUUGUGCGAUUUUUAUUGGCCAAAAGAAAUCACACAAAAUAAACAAGAAUAAAUGAAUUUGACUGACUUAUUUUAUUUGAUCAGAUAUUGCGUUAUUGUUUAUCGUUUUUAUUCUUUAAGCCACUAUAAUCAUGUUGUAUGAAUCUUAUAUUGUGACAGCCCUUAUAGGAGAUGUUUUCACAAUUACAAUGGAAAUGGUGCGAUAUAGUUUGUACAGCACAUCAUCUUGUAAUUAUUGCUUAAUUUAUUACCAAAAAUCUUGAUGUGUUUUGUGUUGGUGUAAUUUUAUUAUGCUGCCAAGACAAACAUACUAAUAUACAGUGUUUUUUUUUGUGUGUGCUGUUCCGUUUGAAAUUGUAUUUAUUCUGAAAACACUUUUGUAAACAAGUCUCGUAAAUCCUCAGAUGACAUCAAUAAAAACAUAUAAUUGCCAUACUGUACAAGUUAAUGAGGAUCAAGACAGGAUUUUUUAAACAAUAUCAUCUAUGUCUGAAUAUAAAGAAUUACUUAAGUCUUCAUUUCCAAAGUGAGCAGUUUAAAUAUUUGGGUCAUCUGAACCAAACAUUCUUUUGCGGUAUGUAUGGGUCACUUAUUUGAGGCUUGUUAUUGUCUGUUCCUGACUGGAAACAUUAUGCCAUUAACAUCUCUUUAACCGCCAUUACAACCCCCCCGACGACAUGUCUCCCUUUCAGUGGUUGGCAUUGUAAUUGUUCGUACACAAGGAAAAGCUCCCAUGAAUACCUUUCAUUUGUUGGUAUGAGUUUGUCGCACAAAAGAGGGGAAUGUGUGCUAAUGUGAGCCGGAUGUGUGCUUUUUUCUCACCACCACAAAACAAUAGCAAUUAGAUGGGCCAUACAAAAGAACUUUUAUCAUUGAUGUUGUAGCGAAAAACAUGUUUCAGAGGCAUGUCAUAGAUCUCCUGUAAGCUUUGAGUGUUUCAGAAUAGUGUUAAAAGUAAUGUUAUGUAGCCUAUAUGGUGGAAUUAGCAAGGAGAUUAUUUUGUCCCGCAGAAAACCCCAUGCCACUGAGUGCAGCAGAGAGGGUGAUGGGUGUCCUUGGAUGGGUGAUCGCCCUGGGCAUCAUACUCAGUAUAGCUGGCACAAUAUACUUGGUGAAAGAACAGCAGAAGCACAAGCACACGGGGUCAGACGAUGAUUCGAACAGUUCUUCCCCUGCCCACAAAAAGCCUUCGUCCUCGAAAAAGAAAGCAGCAGAUGACUUCCAGGGCCCCGGGAGGUUCUAUGACGAGCUCCCAAACACGGCUGACUACGUGAGUUACCGUUUGGCGUGUAACAAAGAGGAUUAUCUGGAGCAGCACUCUCCACCCAUUCCACCUCCUCUGACCUUUCUGCCUCAAAACCCCUACACUCAUCACAACAACCAGACCGCCGCAUUCACCUACCCCACACCCCCCGGCCCCAUCUCAACAUACACCUUCCCUAAAGAGCAGUAUGUAUGAAUCACAACCUCUCUCUGUCUCUUUUCAGAUGGUGAUUGUAUACAUUUAUUUCGUAUUUUUUUACAUUAUGUAUAUAUGCAAAGUUUGAAACAUUUUAAUACAUUAUUCCUGAUGUGAAAUUGGAUAUUUUCAGAUUUAAAAUAAUAAUGCUUGGAUUUAUUUUCUCAAAGUAGGUCAGUGGUCUUAAAGGCUCAUAUUAUGUAUUUUGUUAUGCAUCACUCCAUUGUUUUAUGCCAUUUCACAUUUUUACUGUAUUCUUUUCAUUUAAAAAAAAAGGUCUUUGUCUAUUUGCUGCUUUUAUGGUGUUUCUUCAACUAUGGCAACUUUUAUUUCCCUGGGCUUGGUUUUGUUUUCCUUUUUGUUGAGGUCAUGUUAAAGCUUGUGUUUGUCUUGAAAACAUUUGCCUUCAUCAUAUUUUUUGUUAAAGAAACCCAUUAGUGAAACGUAUGGCAGCCAGAUCUAUAACCCAAGUACAGUAACCUCCAUCUGUGAAAUGUAAUGAAAUGCAUCGUUAAAUAUUCUGUAUGCGUGAGAUUUUUUUACAUGUACAAAGGUGAAAUGUUUGUCUGGAUCUGUGAAUCUCUGUGGUCAUUUGUCCAUAUUAUUGUUUACAUUCACAUACUGUGAAAUUAUGAUUAGCAGUAGCAUUUAUAUAGUUUAGUACAUGAUACAGUGUUAUUUUCUCAAGACAGAUUACACAAUCAGUGACCAGCUGGGUGAUAAACAGUAAAGUGUAGUAAUUUAAUCUUGUGAUUUAUUUCUUUUUCUAUUAAUAAAUAGGUUAAAUAUUAA